AUGUUCACCUAUGUUGCCUAUUAUGGAUUUAUUGUGUUUGAGUUUGUGAAAAAGGAAUACCCACCAGAUCUAUCCCUGUACUAUGACAUGAUUCUGCUGCUAGGAAAGAACAGGUCGAUUGAGAAGGCAGAGGAACUUUUUGACGAUCUUAAGAAGGAGGGUUUGCAACCUGACAUACGAGCAUAUACUGAAUUGAUUGGUGCUUAUUUUCAAGUAGAUAUGGUGGAAAAAGCAAUGGAAACUUAUAAUCUGAUGAAAGCUUCUGGUUGUACACCAGAUAAGUUGACAUUGAUGAUUAUGGUAAGAAAUCUGGAAAAGGCUGAUAAAAAAGAGCUUGCAGCGUCUGUGAAGAAAGACUCUGAAGAAUACGUGGAUGAUCCCGAAAAGUUUCUUGAAGAACUAGAAAGGAAAUAUGCAAGAGAUCCGAUCAUCAUCUGA